AUAGAUUGUUUAUAUUUUGUAUAUAUUGAGUUACUGUAUAGGUAACGUUUAUUAAAUAAUAAUAAUAAUAAUGAAUACACUAGUCAAAAUUAACAAUCAAACCGCAGGAAGAGAUAAAAUAGCAAGGCUCUUGCAAUAUCUCAGUAGAUUUAUGUGGCAUAGACUACAGCAGAGCAAUAAAGAAGGAGUUGAGGGAAUAAAAAAUUUAGAGUAUCAGCUCAGCACCUUCAGAAGAUUGCUACGAUUUGGGAGAUUCGUAGAGAGCCUGUACGCUGUUUUACCCCUGUUUCAAGAAGAGAACGCAUCAGUUAAGUACCCAGUUAUUCUAAGUAAAAUAGCAAAUGCCUUAUUUUUGCUUGCCGAUCACAUAUUGUGGCUCGGCAGGACAGAUCUCUGUACUAUAAACACAGAAAAAUGGAGCCGCAUAUCAAACAAAUACUGGCUGUAUUCGAUUACCAUGAGUUUGGUCCGAGAUUUUUACGAAAUCUCGCAAAUCAUUAAAUGCCAAAAACACACCGUUACACCCGACAGCGGUAUCAACAAUUUUAAUGACAUAACAAAAGUUUUGACCAGAGUAAUAAGCGUAGUUCAAAGCAAUCAAAACGUAGUGAUUGAUACGGUGAAGAAUGGCUGUGAUUUAUUUAUCCCCCUGACAGCUUUGGGGCACGCGAAGCUGUCCCCGGGGACUAUAGGACUGUUGGGGGCGGUUUCUUCGAUAGCGGGUCUUUUAGUGCUGCUGGAUCCGCAGAAGAAGUUGACUCCCUCCUAAAUGUUUCGGUAACAUAUGUACAGGGUUAUUCACAUAAGAUUUUACCGUCUUUAUUUCUUUUUGCCCCCUGUCUAGAGAAAAAUUCUAGACAAAAGUUUCUGUGAGGAAAUACUUAUAAAAUCAAUUGAAUGUUGCAAAAUAUGCACAGAUUCCAUGGCAAUCUUCUUGCGAUCUUGAAGAAAUACAUGAGAAACAAUUGAGUGUUGCAAAAUAUGCACAGAUUCCAUGUCAAUCUUGACUAUGCAUUUUGCAGUCAGUAAAUAAAAUAAAUGAUAAGUACGGUUUAUGUACCCGAAAUGUAAUAUUUGUUUGUUUUUUAUGCAUUUGUUUAAGUUCCCAAGAAAAUUUUCUGUAACUGGUCAUAAUCAGUCUUUUCUAAAUAAAAAUAAAUAAAGAGGUGAA